UGUGUCGCAUCGACUGCACAUCUUGUAGUCCACAAUUGUCGUUGUUUGUGAUUGAUAUAUUUUGCAUUGUAAAUAAUAGCAACUAAUCGCCGUUUGCCUUAAAUAUGUCUGAAGUAGAAUGUCAGUGUGAUUGUGAUCACAGCCCCACCACCGUGUCUUUCAUGACCUCUCCAGAUCCCAGAAUAAUCGCCAUGCCUCAGACAAAGUGUGUAGACAUGGGCUCCGCCUUCAUCCAGACGCAGCAGCUCAACGCUGCCAUGGCCGACACCUUCCUGGAACACAUGUGCCUGCUGGACAUCGACUCAGAACCUACUACUGCUCGCAACACUGGCAUCAUCUGCACCAUUGGGCCAGCCUCUCGCUCCGUGGACAUCCUGAAAGAGAUGAUCAAGUCGGGAAUGAACAUUGCCCGCAUGAACUUCUCCCACGGCACACACGAAUACCAUGCCGAAACCAUCAAGAAUGUGCGUGAGGCAUGUGAAAGCUUCGAGCCAGGAAGCAUCCAGUAUAGGCCAAUUGGUAUCGCCCUGGACACCAAAGGCCCUGAGAUCAGGACCGGACUCAUCAAGGGGAGCGGCACAGCUGAGGUGGAGCUGAAGAAGGGCAACAUGAUCAAGAUCACCUUGGAUGACUCCUACCAGGACAAAUGCAGCGAAGAGAUCCUCUGGCUGGACUACAAGAACAUCACCAAAGUUGUGGAACACGGCAGCAAGAUCUACAUUGACGACGGACUUAUAUCCCUGCAGGUCAAGGAGAUUGGCUCCAAUUUCCUCAUGUGCGAGAUCGAGAACGGCGGAACCCUGGGCAGCAAGAAAGGCGUCAACCUCCCCGGCGCCGCCGUCGACUUGCCCGCCGUCUCCGAAAAGGACGUCCAGGAUCUGACUUUCGGCGUAGAGCAGGGCGUCGACAUGGUGUUUGCCUCCUUCAUCCGCAAGGCUGCCGACGUCCACGCUGUCCGGAAAGUGUUGGGGGAGAAAGGCAAGGACAUCAAGAUCAUCAGCAAGCUGGAGAACCAUGAGGGUGUGCGCAGGUUUGACGAGAUCAUGGAAGCCAGCGAUGGCAUCAUGGUUGCCCGCGGCGACCUCGGUAUUGAGAUCCCCACAGAAAAGGUCUUCCUUGCCCAGAAGAUGAUGAUUGGCCGAUGCAACAGAGCCGGCAAGCCUAUUACAUGCGCCACUCAGAUGUUGGAGAGCAUGAUCAAGAAGCCUAGACCCACCCGCGCCGAAGGCAGCGAUGUCGCCAACGCCGUCCUCGACGGGGCCGACUGCAUCAUGCUGAGCGGCGAGACCGCUAAGGGAGACUACCCUCUGGAGGCUGUGCGCACGCAACACAUGAUAGCACGAGAGGCCGAGGCGGCCACCUUCCACAGGCAGCUGUUUGAGGAGCUGAGGCGACACACCCACCUGACCAGAGACCCGUCCGAGGCGGUGGCAGUCGGUGCCGUGGAGUCGUCUUUCAAGUGCUGCGCUAGUGCCAUUAUUGUACUCACCAAGACUGGGAGGUCCGCCCACCUGCUCUCCAGGUACAGGCCCCGCGCCCCCAUCCUGGCCGUGACCCGUAAUGCCCAAACCGCCCGCCAGGCUCACCUGUACCGCGGGAUAUUCCCGGUCCUCUACACCAAACCCGCUAAUGAAGUGUGGGCCGAGGAUGUGGACAUGCGUGUCAACUUUGCCAUGGAUAUGGGCAAGGUCAGAGGCUUCUUCAAGGAGGGCGACGUUGUCAUCGUCCUGACCGGCUGGCGUCCAGGGUCCGGUUACACCAACACUAUGCGUGUUGUUCUGGUGGCUUGAGCUACCUGAACCCGUUUCUUUUCUCCACACACAACCACACUUUUCAUUCAUUUAUUCAUUCACUCCUCAUUCUCCAACGCCUCAGCUCUACCGGUGAACGACUACUAUACAAUCUAAUAUCAGCGAGAUCAGGCAGCCUGUUUUUGUAAGAACCAUUUAAGGUGGGUUAGUACUCUAGCGCUGUGUAAUUUUCAUUCCUGCGUCCAUUCCUUUCAUUAAAACAAUUUCAACGACGGGGCCUCAGAUUGACACACGUCAAGCAAGGAACUGCUGUAUGUAUUCACAUUCAAGACGCUUGUAUUCAAUGCGGUCCAAUCUACUGGUGCAUGCGCAUGGCGACUCUUUGUUUAGGUGAUGACGGGAGUUUACUAAACACUCCUCCUUGGUCAAGCAAUCGAGCAAAAUAGUGGCGUAUCCACCUCAGCAGAGUUUUGUGCAGUGCUGUGUGUAUGAAGUGUCCUCCAUGCUUUUACUAUAUGUCGCACUCCUAAUCCUACUCCAUUGUGUUACACUCUAUAAAAUACUUGAUUAUUAUAGUAAAUAGUGUUUUUAUUUGGGACAUCUAUAAUAACUUCUAUUUUGUCAAACUAGAUCUUUUGGAUGUCCCUCCCCGGUUGGAGCUUGUUACUGUAUUUAUGUUAGAUGUGUCCUAUAUCCCUCACCUGUGGUCUGAUCAUAUCUAAGUUGGCACUUAUGAUAAAAAUACAUGAAAAGGGCACUUUGAUGGGGUUUUGCCCCAAUGGAUGAUGGGUAAUAAACAUUUGAAAAUGUAUUGUUUGUCUACGUCGUGUGUCCGAUAUGCUUUUUGAUUGUUACGCUAGUGUAUAAGCAACAUGAAGAGGUCAUGUGUAGCUGGUGUACUGCGUCGUCACCAGACUGGAUUUCACCAUUAAAGAGACAAAAUACCGAA